GGGCGUCAGGGCUGACUCUGGCUUCAGUCGUCGCUAGCUCCCAUCGCUGCGCAGUGGCAUGAACAGAGACAGCAGCACAUCCAGCUCUGACACCAGAAACACGGACCGGGAUGAUCCAGCACCAGAUGGCAACGUGACAGAGAAUCCAAUGGCUUCCUCGGGGAGCGUCCUUCUGACUGCGUGGCCCCGUGCUCCCUCCCUCUCCUCAGGCAUCCAGGGGGAUGACAACCUGCAGUCCAUGCUGGUCGGAACCGUCAUGAGGAAGAUCAAGUCUCGGAGCUGGAAGAAGCAGCGGUACUUCAAGCUGCAGGACGACUGCGCCACCAUCUGGUACCAGUCCAAGAAGACCGGCAACACCCACUGCACCUUUUCCGUGAGCGAUGUGGAGGCAAUACGAGAGGGCCACCAGUCCGAGGUGCUGCUCAGCAUUGCAGAUGAGUUCCCACCUGACCGAUGCUUCACGCUGGUCUUCCGUGGGCGCAGGGGAAACCUCGACCUGGUGGCCGAGUCGGCCGAGGAGGCGCAGUCCUGGAUCAGGGGCAUGAGGAAGCUGAUCGAGAACCUGGAGAACAUGGGGGAACGGGAGAAGCUGGACCAAUGGAUCGGUGACUGGUUCAAGAAGGCAGACAAGAAUAAGGACGGACGGAUGAACUUCAAGGAAGUGAGGGACCUGCUGAAGAUGAUGAAUGUGGAUAUGAACGAGCACCACGCUCAUCGUCUCUUCACCAUGGCUGACCGCUCCCAGUCGGGCACGCUGGAGGACGAUGAGUUCGUCCUCUUCUACAAGAUGCUGACCCGGCGGGAGGACGUGCUGAAGGUCUUCCAGCAGUACUCAGCCGACGGGCAGAAACUCUCCCUGAGGGACCUGCAGGGCUUCCUGAGGGACGAGCAGCUGGAGGGGGGCGGCGUCGAGCAGCAGGCCAAGCGGCUGAUCGAGCGCUACGAGCCCUCGGACACAGCCAAGCUGCUGAAUGCCAUGACCUUCGAUGGCUUCCUGAUGUAUCUGGGCUCGGCCGAGGGCUCCAUCUUCAACCCGCAGCGGCGAGGACUCUUCCAGGACAUGAGCCAGCCGCUGUGCCACUACUUCAUCUCCUCGUCACACAACACCUACCUGAUGGAGGACCAGCUCCGAGGGCAGAGCAGCGUGGAGGGCUACAUCAGGGCCCUGAGUCGCGGCUGCCGCUGCCUGGAGGUGGACUGCUGGGACGGCGCCAGCGGGGAGCCCAUCGUUUAUCACGGACGCACCUUCACCUCCAAAAUACUCUUCAAGGACGUGGUGAGCGCCGUGGGAAACUACGCCUUCAAGGUAUCUGAAUAUCCCGUCAUCCUGUCCAUCGAGAACCACUGCGGUGUGGAGCAACAGAACGUCAUGGCCCAACACCUGAACCACAUCCUCGGCGACAAGCUGCUGAAGAGCACCUUGGACGGCAGGGCCCCGGUGGGGCUGCCGUCCCCUGAGGAUCUAAAGGGAAAGAUUCUGCUGAAGGCCAAGAAAAUCGGCGGUUUGGAGGAGAGUUUCAGCGGGAUGGUGGAGGACGCUCUGACCGGGGAGGUCAGCGACGAAGAGGAGGCGUCCGAAAUUGAGAAAGAUCAUCUCCAGCGUGAGAGCAUCCGUCACAGGGUGAAGAAGUCCAAGCAGCAUCUGUCCAAGGAGCUGUCAGACUGUGUGGUUUACUGCAAAAGUGUCCACUUCAGCAGUUUCAAACACUCUAGGAUCCAUUCCAAGUUCUACGAAGUGGCCUCGUUCACAGAGUCCAAAGCUCGUAAACACCUGAAAGACGCCGGAGCGGAGUUCGUGCUGCACAACUCCCGUCAGCUCACCAGAAUUUAUCCCAGCGGCUUCCGAACAGACUCCUCCAACUUCAAUCCUCAGGAAAUGUGGAACGCCGGCUGCCAGUUUGUCGCAUUGAACUUCCAGACUGCGGGGGAGGGCAUGGACCUGAACGAUGGACUGUUCAAUCAGAAUGGACACUGUGGCUACGUCCUAAAACCCAUUUUCAUGAGAGAACCUGGAAGUGGUUUUGACCCUGAGAUGCCUCAAAACUGGGAAGGCUACCGACCUGUUGUCCUCACGAUACAGGUGAUCAGCGGCCAGCAGCUUCCCAAAGUCAACAUCAAAGAGGAUUCCAUCGUGGACCCUCUUGUCCGGGUGGAGAUCCAUGGAGUUCCCAUGGACCAAGCGAAGCAGGAGACGCGAUACAUUGAGAACAACGGCUUUAACCCUGUGUGGUAUGACACCCUACGCUUCAGCAUCCACGCUCCUGAGCUGGCCUUGGUCCGCUUCGUGGUGGAGGACUACGAUAAAACGUCUAAAAAUGACUUUGUGGGGCAGUUCACGCUUCCCCUCAGCUGCAUGCAGCAAGGUUAUCGUCACAUUCACCUUUUGUCCAGAGACGGAACCAGUAUUCCUCCCUCCUCCUUAUUUGUUCACAUCAGGAUCACAGAACUGAACAAAGCUUCAGGUUCCUGACGAACCUGAGACGAUGGUCUUCAUUACAGACACGUGGAAAGGACUAUUCCUCAACCUGCUUUUAAUGCGCUUACCUUUUGAUGUGAAGCAAUAGGCCAAACGCUCGUACAGUGGAUAUGCAUGUCGUAGUUUAGUCCUGUGUGAAACCUGCUGCUGUGACUGAGCUGAACUGAAUGUGCCACUGUGUUCAGACCCACAUGUGAAUGUUCUGUCAGUAUUUUAGUGAGAAGCUCAGUCUUUACUUUAACUGUGGUCAGUGCGUAAACCUGACGUCCAGGAGGAAAACACUAGCGUCAACGUCAGAAAGAUCAAACGGACUUUUACUUUGAAGUUGUGAAUUCAGGAUGCUGUGAAAUACCACAUUUAAAUUUUACCAUCUUUUUGUAAGAGACAAAUUAAGCACAGAAUGAAACAAACCAAUAAUAGUAAAUGUUUUCACUCCAGCCUAUUUUUUCAUGAUUUGCUUUGAGCUAAAUUUAGCUGGGUUAACAUUUGACUCUUAUUUUUCCAAACUACUGAAGGAGAGAACAGAGGGAUAAUGAAAGCAACAAAGUCAACAGCGACAUCAAUAUUUAAUAGUUGUUUAAUAAUUAACUCUAAAUAUGAUACAUGAUCUAGAUGUGUCACAUUCAACCUGUGUGUUUUAGUGACAGAGUUGGACAUCUAGACUUUUUGAUCCAACAAACAGGUCAGAUUCUAUAAUAAAAAUAAAAAACAUAUUCACGUAUUCACCUGCCAAACAGAGCUCUGUAAAAUAAAAUGAUUGUUUAACGUCGAACCACAGCAGCAUGUUGUAUGACUGUGACACACACACACAACACACUAAUACAAUAAAUGACAACAUGUUUUUGGAAACGUUUCAACACAGUCUGUUUAAAAUAAAGAAUAUUAAAUCAAAUUAUUUUAGGGUUUUAGGGUUUGAGCAGAAAUGGGUUUGCGGUAAUUUACUUUAUAGUCAUCAAUACGUACUAAUAAAAAAGAAACCUAAACAUGUUUUUUGCAAUGGUUUAUUCUCUUGAACAAUGAAACAGAGGUUAGCCACAUAUAAAUUAAAAUAAAUUGAAUUAGAUAAUGAUGUUGGGUCAGUUUAUUAAAUCGUGAAGGUUUUAAUCUGAAAAGACAAUUUCUGGUUCUGUGUUAUUUAAUCAAGCUUUCUGCAGGUUCGUGAAUAUUAUACUAUUAUAUUAAAUGCUUGAAUUUUUCUUUAUGAUUAUGUAGAUGAACUGAAACAUGACUUGUCUUGUGUCACUGACGUUGUUUUGCAGUACUGACACAUUUUGAUAUAUAUAUAUUUUUAUAUGCUGAAGUCUUCCUGUGUACUGUACAGUUAGAUCAUUGCAGUGUUAUAAUGAGUAGACCGUCUGCUUGUUUUUUAUCCUCAUAUUCAUUUGCCACAUCUGCAAAUAAAUAUAAUUUGAAACUUAAAGCUUCUGUAUGUUUGUUUUUAUAUGUUUAAAACAACCUUGAUUUAUGUGGAUCCAGACUGUACUGUGAUUGUCCUGCAUUAAAUUUAUGUACUACCGUACUUCUUCAUUCUGCUAUUCUGCCUGGUCACUUUAAUAAAUGUUUGUUUAACAGAGGUUCAGUUGGUCCAAAACAACAUAUUAGUUGUUUAAUUAAUUUAGCUAACUAAUACAAAUUAUAAUGUGUAAAUGUGUAACAUUUGUUUAAAACUGAGGUAUUACUACAUUUAUUUAUACAGUUGUUUUUCAGUGUCAGUUUUUUUUUUUU